AAAUAUUUAUUUACAGAGCCUAUGUAUACGCACGUGUACUGCAUGUACUGACUUGAAACAGACUGUCUAUUUUCCUGUAAUAUUUUUUGUUUUGACGUGGACAUCUGCCACCAUGCCUAUGGGAACCAGGAGAAGUUCUAGACGGAUUGCUGGAGGAACAGAGUCAGAAGGAGACCAAUCAGACAGUUCUAUAGGUCAAUCGAGCCCAAGAAAGAGGGUUUCAAGAUCUGCUAAGAAGACUACUAAGAGCAAGAUAUCUGAGGAAAAGAUCAAGUCCAUUCCAGAAGAAUCAUUGAACUUUGACAUAACAGAUGCAUCAACACCUGUAAAGAACAAACACAAUGUGUCAUUGGACAAAGAUAAGCAGGGGUCAAACACCCCUCAACCAUUGGACAUACCUUCUGUUGCAAGUGAAUCGGUGAAAUCUGUAGACUGUAGUUCAGACUCCAAGGAGAAGUCUGCGGAAAAGACUACUACCACAGACAUGGCACAUUCAAAGAAAAGGUCUGCAAAGGAGACUACUACCACAGAGGUGGCACAUUCAAAGAAAGGUCUGCAGCAGAGACUACUACCACAGAGGCGAUACACUCAAAGAAAAGGUCUGCAGAAGAGAUAAUAGCCCCUUGUGAUGUCAUCAAGAAUGUGAUGGAAGCUUAUAAGCAGGAAUCUACGACAAAGAAGAAGUCCAAGGGCAUGGCGAAGUCAGGAAGGCCUUGGAAAACUGAACAGACUGCAAGGUUUUCUGGCAUGAAAAAAGACAAGCCCCUCAGGUCAUCAUGGCAACUCAAAAUGGCCCAGAAAGCGGAAAAGAUGUCCGUCAGAAAAUAUCAGCAGGGUCUAGAAGAUGCCAAGAGGGAGGCCAAACUAUUGAAGAAGCAGCGCAGAGAAGAACAUGAGAAGAAGAAGGCAGAGAAUCAGAGGAAAUCAGAAGUGGUUCAAGUCAUAAAGAAUCCAGCCAAGUUGAAGAGAAUGAAAAAGAAGCAACUUCGUAUGAUUCAGAAGCGACCCACUUGAGAAAUGAGCAGGAAACGGAAACAGACUUUCUGAUAAAAUGCGCUAUAUCAUCAGUCAGAAUAGAAACAGAGCCAAGCCACAGAUCAGGUCGGCAAUUCCACUUUGGGGG